AGCGGAGAUAGCAGGCAGUAUUUCACCCUCUCAGGCUAACUCGCUUUCGGCUUUGGUUUGAAAUGGACACCCCUACAACCGCUCGGAGCAGACGAUGCUCAUUCAUGCGCAACUGCAAAAGCGGCCUCUCCCUGUGGCUGGUGGUGUGGCUGGUCCUAGGCAAGCCCGGUCCGUCGGCGGCGUGCCCGCAUCUGUGCGUGUGCUACCCGACUCCCAUGACCGUGAGCUGCCAGGCGCAGAACUUCACCUCCGUGCCCGUGGGCGUGCCCUACGACUCGCAGCGCGUGUUCCUACAGAACAACCGAAUCACGGAGCUCAGAGUCGGCUCUUUCGGCUUCGGGACUCAGGUCCUGUGGCUUUUCUCGAACAACAUCACGUGGAUUGAGGCUGGCUCCUUCAGUGAGCUGAGGGACCUAGAGGAGCUGGACCUGGGGGACAACUCUCACUUGCGCAGGCUGGAAGGAGGGGCCUUCAGGGGCCUGGAGAAACUCCAGAGUCUCCACAUGCACCGCUGCAAGCUUACCGCCCUGCCCCAUGACCUGUUCCACAAGCUCUACAGCCUGCAGUUCCUCUACCUGCAGGAGAACCAGCUCCACUUCCUCCAGGAUGACCUCUUCUCUGACCUCAUCAACCUGAGCCAGCUCUUCCUGCAUGGCAACCGUAUCCGCACUCUGUCCGAGAACGUGUUCCGUGGCCUGGUCAACCUGGACCGCCUUCUUCUCCACGACAACCGUGUGCGCCAGGUUAACCGCCGGGCGUUCCGCGACCUCGGACGCCUCACCAUGCUCUUCCUGUUCAACAACUCAUUGGCUGAGCUCCCUGGGCAGGCACUUCGUGACACCCAGGGCAUCGAGUUCCUCCGUCUCAAUGGGAACCCCUGGUCCUGUGGCUGCGAGGCCCUCCCCCUGUGGGAGUGGUUCCGUGGCGCCCGCGUCUCAUCGUCCGAGCUGUUGUGUGCCUCCCCUUCCCCCCGCCGCGGGAUGGACCUCCGCUUCCUCCGUGAGAUGGACUUCGCCCUCUGCCCUCUCCCCGACCCCGGCACCCUGGCCGGCUCCACCACGAGGACCUUCAGCACCAAGACAAGAUGGUGGUUCUCCAAGCACAAGCCCCAGUCCCAGACCAAGGCACUGUUCGAGAAGAGCUCCGAGACCAUCAAGGCCUUCCCGUUCCCCCAAGGAAAGAACAACCCACCCAUCGUGACCUCCACCAAUGUCAAGUACGAGCUCGGCGAGGAAGAGGCAGCGCUACCCAAACUCGACGCCGAGGAGUACUGGGCGAACUACGGGAACGAGGACGCCGGCAACACGCUGCGAUGCUUCGAGCUCGAGUGUCCGCCCGACUUCGAUGGCCUCCCUCCCAACUCCUCCUCCACCUCAUCCCCCUCUCUCUCACUCCUCCUCGCCCUCUCGCUACUCGCCGUCUCCAUCAAUCUACACCUCAUAUUUGGCUGAAUCAGACUUUAAGUACCCACCCCCAUUCCUCUCUUCGCCCGGCCCCUCUCAGGGCAUGGGGGAACCCCUUGUUAAAGACUCUGUACCUCCCUAGUUAACCCUCUGAUGUCCUACUGGAUAAUGUCUAUCUCUAUCAGUAGUACAGGACAGCAGGGGAUACAAAGGGGGGGUUAGAUUGUGACUUCUAACUUAAUGCAGGGCUAAACAACAAUGGCUGACAGUACACAGUACAAUAUUGUACAUAGUAUAAUACAGUACAUUACAGUAGACAACCAAGGCUGUUACUAGAACAGGUGCACCUCACCUGUCUGGGUUGUUGGUUGCCGUGACGACGCCUGCAAUCAGGGGUCAGCGGACACCUGUAACGCUCUACAGCUAAUACCAGCGCUACUUACUGUUGCGAAUGCUGUAACUGUUGUCACUUUUAGGAAUAUUAGAACUACAAGUGCUACGACUAUUAUAUACAUGUUACUACUACUACUAUUUCUACUAUUACGACUGCUUCUGCUACUACGAGUGCUAUGAUUACAGUUAUGACAGUUACUACAUUCCUGCCACUACUGUUGUACUAACUCUGACAGUUAUACUGUAAAUAGGUUGGUGUACUUGAGGGUGCAGAGCAGUUGGGAUAUCCGUCUUAUUUGUUGUCUACCACGAUGCCUACUUUAUAAUGGAUUGUUUACAGAAAAAUAGCUAAGGAAAGAGAGAAAGAAGGGAUGAAAGAAUGAAAGAGAGGCAGUCACCAGCAUACGAGAAGGUGAGAGAAGAUAUGUAGAGAGAUAUGUAAAGAUAGAGACAGAGAGAGAGGAUAU